CAUCAAAAAAAGCUCGUUUAUUCGUUUCUCAUCUCUCAUAUAAAAAUUAAGCCACAUCCCAUCAAAAAAAAGUAAGGCCUCAUUUUCCUUCUGACUCGAGAGUACUACUCCUCUGCACAACUUUGAGCUAGCAGAGGAACAUUCGGAGAUGGAUGCCAUAGCCCUACAAGCCAAUGCCUCCCAGUCCCUUAUGCUAUCGCUCGCAGAACCAGUUCAGAUAAUCUUCUUGUCAGUAGCCGGGGCUCUGCCUGACGAGUUCGAUCUGAUCUGGUGGAGGCUGAGAGAGAAGGUACUCCUGCCGGUGAUGAAGGUUGCGGUCAUCUUGUGCUUGAUCAUGUCAGUGAUGCUGCUCGUUGAGAAGCUGACUAUGGGGCUUGUGAGUCUUUACGUUAAGGUGUUCGGUAGGAAACCAGAAAAAGUCUACAAAUGGGAGCCCAUUAAGGAGGAUGUGGAGCUGGGAACUCUAGCUUAUCCCAUGGUUCUCAUCCAGGUUCCAAUGUUUAAUGAGAAAGAGGUCUAUAAACAUUCUAUUGGAGCUGUAUGCAGUCUUGUGUGGCCAUCCGAUCGACUGAUUGUGCAAGUGCUCGAUGAUUCAACUGACUUAAGCACAAGGGACAUGGUACAGGCGGAGUGUGAAAGAUGGCUCAGGAAGGGAAUAAACAUACAUUAUAUCUCAAGAGAUAAUAGAAAUGGGUACAAGGCAGGAGCUAUGAAGGAAGCAAUGGAAAUUGACUAUGUUCAGAGAUGCGACUAUGUUUCUGUUUUUGACGCUGAUUUUCAACCAGCACCAGAUUUUCUUAUGCGAACUGUUCCUUUCCUCAUGCAUAAUCCCGAAAUUGCGCUUGUCCAAGCUCGAUGGAAAUUUGUAAAUGCUGAUGAAUGCCUAAUGACAAGGAUUCAGGAGAUGUCAUUAAACUACCACUUCAAGAUUGAACAGGAAUCUGGUUCAUCUACCUAUGCAUUCUUUGGUUUUAAUGGGACCGCUGGAGUUUGGAGAAUAUCGGCUAUUAACGAAGCUGAAGGGUGGAAGGAAAGAACGACUGUGGAGGACAUGGAUUUAGCUGUUAGAGUUAGCCUUAACGGCUGGAAAUUUGUAUAUGUUGGCGACGUCAAGGUUAAAAGUGAAUUGCCUAGUACUUUCAAGGCUUACCGUUUUCAACAGCAUCGAUGGUCUUGCGGACCUGCAAAUUUAUUUAGGAAAAUGGUGCUGGAGAUUAUAAAGGCCAAGAAAGUGCCCCUGAACAAGAAAUUCUUUUUGAUAUACAACUUUUUCAUUGCUCGGAGGAUUACAUCACAUAUCGUGACCUUCUCCUUCUACUGUGUGGUUAUCCCACUCUCUGUAUUUUUCCCUGAAAUCUACAUCCCUAGGUGGGGGGUCGUAUAUAUUCCAACAAUUAUUACACUGCUUAAUUCAGUCGGAACUCCAAGCUCCAUUCAUCUAACUGUCUUUUGGAUCUUGUUCGAGAAUGUCAUGUCUUGGCACCGAUGCAAAGCUGUCUAUGUUGGGCUUACGGAAGCAGAAAGGGUAAACGAAUGGAUUGUAACAGAGAAACUAGGAGACAUGCUGAAAAAUAAACCACUUGCUGAUGUUGUUGAAAAGUUUAGGACCAAAUUCUGGAAAAGGUUCCAUUUCACGGAGAUUAUGGUCGGAGUCUUCCUUCUAAUAUGCGCAUCAUAUGACUUUGCCUUCGGAGCAGAUCACUACUUCAUAUACAUCUAUCCUUUAGCCAUCUCAUUCUUUGUGAUGGGUUUCGGCUAUGUCGGCACCUUUAUCCCUGGCAGCAAGUAAGCAAGCUCCCAAAUGGAAUCCGACGCUUCUCCAUCGCUCUGCUUGUAUGCACGUACGCCGGGAACAUUAAUUAGUUACCAUUAAUGCAUUUGUGGACAUGUAAUAUAUGAGGAUGAAUGAUUUGUGUAGUAGAGAAGGAGGGAAAAGAUGAGCCAAAUAUUUUACCCAAAAGGAACAAGGGUUGAAUGUACGCAUAGCUAUAUAUGUAUGUUUGCUCUCCCUGGCCUAGUUAAACAAAGCCAAUAAAUUAAAGGUGGUAUAAAUUCUGAU